AUGGGUUCAGAUGUUGAAGAGAUAGCACGUGAGGAACAGGAUGUACCUACUUAUGCAGCAUCUAUACCAGUACCAAAUGUUCAGGAAAUGGUGAAAGGGGACCCUUCACACAUUCCUGAAAGAUACGUUAGGAACCAAGAAGACAUGCCCAAAACCACUUACAUGAAAUCUCUCUCCUCCAAAAUUCCUGUGAUUGACUUAUCACUCCUCUCAAAUGGUCACGAGGAAGAGCUCAAGAAACUGGAUCAGGCAUUGAAAGAGUGGGGCUUCUUUCAGGUGGUUAAUCAUGGAGUGUCAGAAAGAGUGUUGCAGGAGCAGAAGCUAGAUUGGUCAGAUGCACUGAUACUUGUUACUUUCCCUUCCAAGUUUCGAAGACUCAAGUUCUGGCCAAGCACACCAAAGGACCUCAAAGAAAUCAUUGAGACUUACUCAACUGAAGUGAGAAGAGUGGCAGAGGAGCUCCUAGGCUCCAUAUCUUUUAUUAUGGGGAUGGAAAAGAACACUCUGCUUACCGUACACAAAGAGAUGAUACAAGCUUUGCGGAUCAACUACUAUCCCCAUUGCCCCAAGCCUGAUGAAGUACUGGGCAUAAGCCCUCACUCUGAUGCAAGCACCAUAACCAUACUAUUGCAAGAAGAUGAUCUCAAUGGGUUACAGAUAAGUCAUGGUGGAGAGUGGGUUCCUGUUGAGCCUAUCUCAAAUGCUCUAGUUGUCAAUGUUGGAGAUGUUAGUGAGAUUUGGAGUAAUGGGAAGUACAAGAGCAUUGAACACACAGCUGUGACAAAUGAGAACAAGGCAAGGAUUUCUUGCAUCAUUUCUCUUCCCACAAUGUCGAAAUUGGACCAUUGGAUCAUAUGGUAG